CAAUAUUGUAAAUAUGGGCUGUUUGCAGGCAAAAGAAAAGAAAGUAAAGACAAACGUUUACAAAAUAAAAGAGAACGAAAAAAGAGACCUCUUCAUGAUUGACACUCAUGAUGAUGACUCUGAAAGUUUAGACCAGAAACGAAUAAACCUGAGGAGAAGGAGCAAUAAAAGCGAUGAUUUUGAUAAUUUGAGGUCAAAUACUAACACUCUUAGCGUUUUUAGUACUCAUACUAAAGUACAAAGCUGAAGAGACGACCCAAGAAUUAUUAGUUUGACGUCAAAUAUUUCAAAGGUUCAUAAAAAAAUAACCUCUGUGGAUGAUAUAAAUUUACUUGAGUGAUCAAAAUUUUGGAGAAUUUGAGAGAUAAAUGUGUAUGCUGAUGACUAUAUCUCAGGAAUUAUCGUCAAGUACUGAUUGCCAGGUGGUCAAACUUUCACAAGUAGUCAUACAAGAGCUUGAUCAUUGAAAAAGAAACGAAAUUUUGCUAAACCACAAAAUUCAAACCUCUCACACCAUAAUUGUGAGUCCUUACAGCUAGAGUACCAUGAAUUUAUAACAAAAUUAAAAGUUAAAAACGAUGAAAAUGGAAUGACUAAGGUAACCCUCGAAACAAAUCUUGGCGGAAAGCUGAACAUUACUGGUAAAUAAAGACUCUGAAAUAUGAAAAAUUCAUAAGCUCGAUUUAACUCAAGAGAAGAAGUCUCUCAUUGGCCUUCAGACCUUCUAUACUGACAAUAUUGUCGGUAUAUCUUGCUAUAUUUCAGAAAUGACAUUCUCAGAUACAAAAGAUUUAAGCAAAGAGAAUCUAGCAUCAAUGGCUACAAUGAUGAGCUCACCCCGACAGGCUACUCAAAAGAUUAAGAAAAUCAAGAAAGUCAAGAAAGUAGUAGUAAAAAGGAAGAAAAAGACAGUUGCUCCAAAGAUCAGGAAGCAUGACGAUGGUCUCCCAGUGAUUAAGGAGGAACAACUAGCUGAGGAAUCGGUUAUCUCAAGAGAAGUAAAGAUCUUAUAAACAUCAACUAUUUUCACCCAUUAUUAAUAAUUUUUCAAUU